AUGCCUCCUCCUACCUUUGCUCGCAAGACCAAUCCUGCUCAGACCUUUCCCGCUUUCACUUCCCUCGAGACACCUUAUCCGCUCCUUCGUGCACCAAGCUUCCCUCCGCUACAUCUCGACACCCAGGCUUAUACUCCCUGGGACUGGCUCUGGGAAGAUCGAGCAGGAUGCUUGGCCACUGCGGUGGUGCAGGACCCCAUGGAGGCACACGCCCAAAGUUUCGGCUGGCUUGCCAUUCGCAACUUCACCUUUUGCCUGUCCCGAGAGCCUGACCCGCCCAACAAGCCGUUGGGGACCCAGCCCGAAGGUAAUUCACUCGGAACGUCGGACCGCAGAAAGCCUAGAACGACGGGGAUGGGUGAUAGCGUGGUGGUGCUCUACCAUCCUGAGCAGCCACAGCAGCCAAUCGCGUGGUGCAACACACUCGUCGCCUUUACGAGCACACAGCACAUGAGGUGUCACACUGCACUGCCUACUUGCCAGCGCUGCGAUGCCAUUCGAUCCGGACAGCAGGCAGGCAAAGAUGGACAGCCUGCCCCGGCGGCACCUCCAGCGGGUGCACAGGCUGCGGGGCAAAGCGCAGGUCAAGGUAAAGCUCAGGACUCGGACCCAGCUAGCCAUCCAUCACCUGAGAACGGGGCUCGACGCAGGCUUGAUCCGCCUGCAACGCAAGACCAGGACGACAGAGGCCUAGUCUCCCUCACCAAACGCGACACCUCAUCCGCACCGGGCCAGAACUCCACCCCGCAGCCUGCUUCCGACAAAACAGCUCAACCGUUCGGCACUCCACGUUCUGCUACAAGCCAGGACUUUCUCGCCGACGCUACGCUGCAAGAAGCGAUCCACGAGUUCCAAGACUUUUGCGAAAACAAGCUGACGCUGGCGGUGCGUGCCGACUGUCCUCUGCGCGUCGUUCGCGGCUGGUUGGACGAGCCACCCUUCGAUCUGCAUCGCUUUUGCUCGUCGCAGCAAGGCGAUGUAUGGGUUCAUCACGGCCCUCGUCAUCCAAACGCCGGUAUUAGCACUCAGAGCAAGGAUGACCAGGGCAAGGGCUCGACAAAGCAGCCCGAACCAGUCACGGGUGAAGUGCGCAGCAGGAACGUCGAUCCGCACUAUGAGCGCGGCGCCUUCGAUCCCAACGAUCCCAUCGUACCCUGGCCCGAGGACAAAGGUGCAUGA